CUGGACACCUGCCCGCUGGGGGCUGGACCGGCGCCUGCCAGAGACUUUCUGGGAAAACUACAGGAAAAGAAGCGUAACGUUGGCCAGGCAGUGCCCGGGGGAGCGGAGGCGAGCGCGGGGCAGGGCAGCGGACGUGCCCCAGGGCACGGGAAACCUCCCCGCCGGCGGCGGAUCCGGGCCGUUGGAGGGGGAGGUUUUCGCGUCUCCGCUCCGGAAGGAGGCCGGGACCGCCAACGGCCUCGGCCAAACAGGAGGGGAAGGGAACUGCAAGGCAGGCUCAGCCCGGCCUUUUCCAAGCUGCCGGUGGUGAAAGCAGCUGCAAACGGCUGCUCGGGACACAGGGGGCCGGAGGAGGGAUGCCGGGCUGACGGUUUGGGGAGGAAAGCGUGCGGCGCUCCGCAAACAGCGCUCGGACCCGACGGGAAUCGUUCCCUGACGUCACCGGCUCUUCCAGGUGCGAAGGCGCAUGCCGCCGCGCUGGCCGUCCCGCUGCCACCGCGCUUCCCCUGGCGGCUGGCGGGAUUUCGGGAAGCGCCUAGGGAGGUGUCGGUGUGCGUGUUCGCUGGUGUUUUUCCUUUGCACAAGUUGUUCCCGGCGUCGUCCCCUUCCCGGCCGGGAGGAUUUUGCAAUCGGGAUCGAUAGCUCUUGGGAAGCUUCGGUGGGGGAGGAGGGUUUAAUUUGGGGAAAUGAGCCGUGGAUCGGUGGCUGAGCUGGAGGCUCUCGCUCUUCCUCCUUCGCGCUCUCACUGCCCCGCGUCUCCUUGGGGCAUCGAUCCCCCGUGUCCGACGGCGCUCCAGGGGCCCGGGCAGGUUUUCUCUGCCCCAUCCCGCCGCCAGGAAGAUGAGCGAGCCAUAAAGGACGCUGCGGAGCCGGGGAGCCCCCAGGAGCCGCGUACGAGCAGCUCCCCGCGCCUUGGCACGCGGCCGCGCAUCCCCGAGACACCAUGCUCUCAAAGGCCGGCCUCCGGGGCUGCUGCCUGCUGACGCUGCUCUGCCUCGUCCCGUCCCCGCGGGCGUGGGCUGGCAGGGAUGCCGCGGCCCCGCCGGCGCUCUCCGCAGCCUCCUUCCUGCAGGACCUCCUGCAGCGCUACGGCGAGAGCGAAGCCCUGAGCCUGAAGCAGCUCAAGGCCCUGCUGAACCGCCUCGACGUGGGAGUGGGACACGCCAACGUCUCCCAGCCGCCGCAGCAGCGUGCCAACCUCUCGCGGUGCUUCAGCUCCGUGGAGCUUUUUGCCAUCCACAACCUGAGCGAGGGCUCCGUGGUGGGGCACAGCGAGUUCCGGGAGUUUUGCCCCACCAUCCUGCAGCAGCUGGAGUCGGGGGCGUGCGCCUCGGAGAACCUGGAAAACGAGGAGAACGAGCAGACGGAGGAGAGCAGGCCCAGCUCGGCCGAAGUCUGGGGUUACGGUUUCCUCUGCGUGACCGUCAUCUCCCUCUGCUCCCUGGUGGGGGCCAGCGUGGUGCCCUUCAUGAAGAAGACCUUUUACAAGCGGCUGCUCCUCUACUUCAUAGCUCUGGCGAUUGGAACUCUCUACUCCAACGCCCUCUUCCAGCUCAUUCCCGAGGCCUUUGGAUUCAACCCCCAAGAAGACUAUUAUGUCUCCAAGUCCGCCGUGGUGUUUGGGGGCUUCUACCUGUUCUUUUUCACAGAGAAGAUCCUGAAGAUGCUCCUGAAACAGAAGGACCAGCAUCACCACGGGCACAGCCACUACAGCCCCGAGGCCCUGCCCUCCAAGAAGGACCAGGAGGAGGGCGUCACUGAGAAGCUGCAGAACGGGGACCUGGACCGCAUGAUCCCUCACGUAACCAGCGAGAUGGAGUGCAAGAGCCCCUCGGGGGACGAGAAGGUUGUCGUGGGCUCUCUGUCUGUCCAGGACCUGCAGGCCUCCCAGAGCGCGUGCUACUGGCUGAAGGAGGUGCGGUACUCCGACAUCGGCACGCUGGCGUGGAUGAUCACCCUGAGCGACGGCCUCCACAACUUCAUCGACGGGCUCGCGAUUGGGGCAUCCUUCACUGUCUCUGUCUUCCAAGGGAUCAGCACCUCCGUGGCCAUCCUCUGUGAGGAGUUCCCGCAUGAGCUGGGGGACUUUGUCAUCCUGCUCAAUGCCGGGAUGACCAUCCGCCAGGCGCUCUUCUUCAACUUCAUCUCAGCCUGCUGCUGCUACGUGGGGCUGGCCUUCGGGAUCGUGGCCGGCAGCCACUUCUCUGCCAACUGGAUCUUCGCUCUGGCCGGAGGGAUGUUUCUGUACAUUGCACUGGCUGAUAUGUUCCCCGAAAUGAAUGAGGUCAGCCGGGAGGACGAGCAGAACGGCAGCGCGUUGAUCACCUUCGCCAUCCAGAACGCGGGGCUGCUGACGGGGUUCACCAUCAUGGUGCUGCUCACCAUGUACUCUGGCCAGAUCCAGAUAGGGUAGGACCAGCCUGCCUCGGAGACCUCUACCAGUUUUUCAUUUUGGGGGGGGGUGGGGGGGAUUUUCUUUUUUCUUUUCCUGCUGCAAGCAUACGACGGUACCUGUGCAAGCACUGACAGCACAAAGCACUACAGAAGAGGCAUUGCUUUUAAAACUAUUCCAUAGACUUAAUAUUAUCUUGAUUCAAGGGUGAGGGGGGGCUUAGUCCCCUUUGCCCUAGGACCGAACUGACCAGAGGAUCUCUUUCCAGUGUCAUAUCCUUUCCCUCCUCUCCUCACAUCUCCUGGGAAGGAUGGAGUUGGGAUAUAGGAGCUCCUCUAGCCUUAUUUUUGGAGUGGUCUGAUGGGACACAACGUCCUCCUGGGCUCUUUGCGGAGGGUGAGGAGGACGAGGGCUGCGAGGUGCAGGGCUAGCACUGGACGCGAGCUGCCUCUGCCUGCGCAUCCACCACGGAGUGGAUGCACAGGGCAUGAAAAGUACCACCGCAAAGAAGGGGGACGGGGAGCUGCCGCGUUCCCAGGCGUCACGCAGGGAGCUGGUGUUUCUCUCCUGUGUGGGGAGGUGGUAUCAUUCCUUCGGGAGCACAGAGACCAGGACAGACUCUCCUUCCUCUUGGAGAGCUAUGUCCCAGCCAGGUCCUUGGACCUCUGCUCAAAGCACAGAUGGCCCAGGGCAGGAGGAGCCGACGGAGGCUCGGGGAAGAUGGCUCGUGAUUUGAGCGUCAUCCUUGCUGUCUUCAGAAACCAGUCUCCACAGCUGCGGCUGCUACCGCCCUGGUUCUGCCCUGCUCUUCCCCGCCUUGGCGGCCUGGACGAUGCCCUGGGAGAACUGGGCCUAGAGUUUUUAAGCAUGUUCUGGGUAGCAGCGCUCAGAGCAGAGGAGACCAAACUGCAUCCCGAGCAGGUCGGGCUGACGGGCACGGGCAGCUGCCGGGGAAGGCUAGCAGGAUGCCGUUCCCUCCCUCGGGCUCCCUGCUGCCGUAAGGAAGAAAAUCCUUCCCUCCCUUCCGCAGGGGCAGCCGUGCGGCACCGCUGCAGAGGAGGGCACGAGAGCGGUGCUAGGCAAGGGCAGAGCUGGGCCGGCAAGCCCCGGCCACGGGCUCCCUAGCUAGGGAAGUGAUCUUUACACUGUGACCAAGUUCACGAUGACACCUGCAAUCAGACAUCUGUUUUUAAAUACUAAUGCUGCUGAGUUGCAGAGGUUCGGGUGGGGAGGUGUGUUUCAUUUUCUUUUUUUUUUUUUUUUUUUUAAGAGACUGUGAACCUCUUUAGGUUGUGUGUUUCCAGCCUUAGGGAGUAGCUAGAGAAGGGUGUUACAGGCACUUCACUGCUCUGCUUCUGGGCUGGCUUUCCCCAGAUUCACUAGGUGAAUUGACUUAUUAUCAUAUUGAUAACGUUGCCCAUCCCACCCGUGUCGCUUGAGGUUACCUUGCACCCCUUUUCCCCGCUGCCUGCCCCAAACCUUAUCCUGCACCCAGCAGUGGCGAGUUUGUGGCUGUGUUGACAAACAGGAGCUGACUUAGGCAGCUUAACCUAGUGGGUGUAGCACCGGAUUAGGAUGAAGGAAUGGUGCUGACCUUGCUUUGAAAAAUGCUUUGAGUUCUGCAGAUCAGAGCUACUGAGGUGUCCGGGGUGGCUUAUCGCUGGGUGUCAUCCUUGGUUCCCUGCCCGCGCGGGUGGCUGCAAGGUGACGGGCUUACGGCUGUCCUGCCACCUCGGCUCUGUGCCGCUCUGCAGCGGGAGCAGGGGUUGGGGCUGGGGCCCUCCGCACCUUCCCUUCCACCCUUGUUGGAAGACGAAAUGGAAGAGGUGCCAGUGUAUCCGCAGAGAUGAGCCACCUCGGCCUUCGAGGCUGCAGGCAUAUCCCGUGGCAGGCUUGGCACCAUCCAGCAGCGUUGUAACCUGGUUUGAUCACUGGCUGCUGGUGCCUCGUUUUAGUUCCCAAUUUGCCUUAGGUAAAAGCUGGAUUAUGUUCCUCUCGUGCUCCUAACAGUCAUCACCGAGUCCCUAGGUCUCUGCCUGUUGAAGUGUGGCACUGCCAGUAUCCUCGUAGUCCGGAGGGGAUCAGCAGCUCUGGUCUCAGUGGCUUUGGCUAGGUCAGUAAUCGACUUUGUGCCAUUGGCAUCCCAGAGGCUGUUGGCUUUGUACUGCACCCAGAAGGUAAAAUACUAGAGCCUUCUUGGGAGCACCCUUCAAUCCAGAGGUGCAGUUGGAAAUGCAUUGCCCUUGGACCACUUGCUACUCCGUAGGGAGGCACUCAGUUGCUUUCUCAUGCAGAUGCCAGCUUCAGGUAGCUCUGCUGAUCAAGCUGGCCAUCGGUGCUGCUGGGAAGAGAUGGCCUACAGGUGCCUGCUCGCGGCGGAGGGUGCAGUCGGCCUCGUUCCCUCCCCUUGCCCUCCCGUGGCUGCCGUGGCGCCUCUGAGGAGAGAUGCGCUCUGCUUUAUCCUGUGCAGUGGUGUCUCUUGUUCAUGUGGACAGUUAUUGUAAGUCACUCUUCUCCCUGUGCGGCUGGUCCGCUUCAAAGCAGCGUGGUCUGUUCUGGUAGGGCACCCCGGCCACAUCUGCAGCACCUCACGGUCAUUGCCCACGCUUUAGGUUGCUGCUAUGCUGUUUUCCUCGGUAGUCAGGAGAAAAUCCUCUACCUUUGGCCCCUCCUGGGGUUUCUUUGCUGUGUCCAGGCUCACAGCUAGAUAGCUGGGAUCAUCAUCUGAUGGCAUCUCCCAAACGACUGCCAAGUAUCUUGAGGUGCUGCAGGCCUGUGGUGCUGAGACAUGCAGGCAAGGCAUCGAUCAGGAGGAGCUGCAUCCUUUGCAACAGCUUCCCAGGACAAGUUCUGGGUUGGAGUUAGGAGAUGACAAGCCUCCUAUACUGGUGUUUGAAGGGAGAGCUGCUACCUUUCCCUGCUGAGAGCUACAGCCCUGUCUGACUAACUUGAUGUGGAAAAAUUAGAUCCUUUGAAGGGUGGCAUAUGUGUUGCCUGUUCUCUCUCAAGGAAGUAUUUGGAAAGCACCGUAUCACUGGCGGCUUUCCACAGGGCAGAGGGCAGCUUUAGCACUGCCAGGGCUAAGUCAUGUCUGGCAGGAGCAGUUCAGUGCUGUGCACAGAUGGGAAGACCUUUGCACUGGAGGCGAGGGGGGAAAUCUUUUGAUGUUGUCCCCUGGGGACUAUGUCAUGGUUGCAGAGUAUGGCUGGGAGGUCAUCUGUGUUUCAGAGCGCUGAAAAUGUGACAAGAACUGACACCUAGCUUCCUCGGAGCUGGUACAGGCCACUCGAUACGCCAUGGAGAUCGUGAGUCCAUGUUCUUCUCGUUUCAAGUUUAACCCUGUUUCUUGCCAACUGAGUCAACUUUGAGAAAUUUGUGACCCAGAGAUUCAUGGGGUGCAAAGUCCCUUGGAGAAACAAGGCUCCUUGCUGAGAGAUACCCAAAAGCUCUCGGAAGGGAUUCUCCCAGCUGCUAGGGGAGUUUCGUGGGAUAGGGGACCCUUCCUCCGCCAAAGGGCUGUGCGGGAGAGAGCGCCUGUCUCUAGCUCGGGCAGGUCAUAACAGCCUUUGGGGAAGGGAUGGAGCAGGUGGGAGAAUGAGAAGGGAAGGUGACAGCAAUUGAGCUUGUAUGGGGUUUUUAUCUGUGUUUCCCUUUUCUGUGUCUGGUUAGAAGCUCAAGUUCCAUCUCAGUAUUUUAAUAACUCAGGUGUUGUAAGAAAUACUUGUUGAAACAAAGAACAUAACUUAUGUCAUGUGAGGUGUAAAGUUAUUUGUAAAAUUCCAUAAAUAAAGUAUAUUCUGUAAUGA